CCCCACUUGGCAUGUUCUCUGAGUAGUAAAGCCGGCACCUAUUUCAUUUCUUUCAUAGAAAAACAACAGCCACCAAAUCACCAAACAGUUCAGUUUUUCUUCAGUUUGAAAGCAUCUGUUCUUGCUUUUCCUUCCAAAAUUGAUUCAGAAUCUGAGUGAGUAACUUCAUCAUCAAACAAACACCUUAAAGACCAAACCUAUAGUAGUAGUAGCAGAAAACCACAAACAAACAUGGACAGGCUCAUAAGCUUAGACCCAUCAAACCUAGUCCCAAUAAGAAUCGAACCAGGUGAAAAAUGUCACGGCCAAAUCACCUUACGCAAUGUCAUGUACACCAUGCCGGUGGCGUUCCGCCUCCAACCACUCAUCAAGACCCGUUACACCGUCAAGCCACACUCCGGUAUCAUCUCCCCUCUUGCCACCCUCACCGUGGAAAUCACCUACCACCUCCCACCAGGCUCCAUCCUCCCUCACUCGUUCCCCCACUCCGACGACUCCUUCCUCCUCCACAGCGUGGUCGUCCCCGGCGCCGCCACCAAGGAACCUUCCUCCAUGUUUGAAGCCGUCCCCAACGACUGGUUCACCGCCAGAAAGAAGCAAGUCUUCAUCGACAGCGGCAUCAAGGUCAUCUUCUUAGGCUCACCAAUCUUAACCCACCUCAUUGAACACGGUUCCAUGGAUGAAAUCAGAGAGGUUCUUGAAUGCAGCGACCCAUCUUGGAAAUCUGUUGAUUCCACUGACCCACAAGGCAACACGCUUCUCCAUUUGGCUAUCUCACAGAAGAGACCAGAUCUUGUUCAACUGCUCCUUGAAUUCAAGCCAAACAUUGAAUCAGUCAACACAAACUGUGCUCGUUCUGGUUCUGGUGACUCUGUUUCAACAACAACACCAUUGGAGUUGGCGUGUUCAUUGGGUGAAGCUUUGAUUGUUGAGCUUCUGUUAGCAAACAAGGCGAACACAGAGCGAGCUGAAUCGUCGACAUGGGGUCCGGUUCAUCUUGCGGCGAGGGAAGGAAACGUGGAGGUUCUGCGGCUUCUGCUGCUGAAAGGGGCAGAUGUUGAUUCAAGGGCUAAGGACGGGAACACGGCGUUGCACCUCGCCGUGGAGGAGCGUCGGAGGGACUGCGUGAAGCUUCUGCUGGCGAACGGGGCGAGGACGGACAUCCGUAACGGGAGAGACGGCGACACGGCGCUGCACGUGGCGGCGGUCACCGGGGAAGAGAGCGUGAUCAGGACGCUGUUGCAGAAAGGCGCGAACAAGGAUGUGAAGAAUGGGCAGGGGAAGACGGCGUAUGAUGUGGCGGCGGAGAACGGGCAGAAGCGCGUCUUCGACGCGCUUCGCCUGGGAGACGGGCUGUGCGUGGCGGCGAGGAAGGGGGAGGUGGGGGAGGUCGUGAGACUGCUGGAGGGUGGCGCCGUGGUGAACGGGAGGGACCAAAACGGGUGGACGGCGCUGCACAGGGCGUGUUUCAAGGGGAGGGUGGAGGCGGUUCGUGUUCUGUUGGAAAAGGGUGCAGAGGUUGACGCGGCGGAUAGAGACGGUUACACGGCGCUGCAUUGCGCGGCGGAGGCGGGGCAUGCUGACGUGGCGGAGGUGUUGGUGAAGAAGGGUGUGGAUGUUGAGGCUAGAACCAAUAAGGGUGUGACGGCGUUGCAGAUAGCAGAGACUUUGCACUAUGUUGGGAUAACGAGGAUACUGUUGAAUAGUGGGGCUAGUAGUGAUGGUUUGGAUCAAAUGGCUCAAUCUGAGAAGAUGAAGAUGGUGAAGAAGAAGAGAGUAGGAAGAAGAAACUCAGAGGUUGAACAUUCAAUGGCUUUAGCUGUUUUAUAGUUGGUAAUUUGCAUCACAUUUACAUGAUCUGUAUUCAAAUUUAGGUGAUUGUUUGUUGGGUAUAAAUUGUGCAGAAAAUUUGUAGAUUGAUCAAACUUGUUCUGAUUUCCAGUGCUUAUAAGUAAUUAUUUUCAAAUUUAUGAAUAAUGUUUCAUGAGA